UAGUCUCUUCAAUCUCCAAUCUCCAAUACAUUAUUAAAAACCUACAAUUAUUACUGUAUGCAAGUAACAAGUAAUGUAAGUAAAGAAUGUAAAAUCCCUAUAAAUACAUUUCAAAUCUGAAAGCCAAUGAGCCAAUUGUCCACAUCAAUAAAACCUUUCUGCGAAUUGAUUUUGAAAUGCCAUAUCAAUACCGACUUGCCUCUCAGAUUUGCCCUCUUCAAACAAGGAGAACAAUGGAAGUUCAGUUGUUAAGAGCAUUCGAAAUCCCUGAAAUGCAUGGAGGAUCAACAACCGAAAGCAAAGGUAGAGUUGUUAAGUUAUAUUCCCCACCACAAAAAGUCGUUGCUGGAAAAAAUUCCAGAUUAAUGGACUUUUUAAUUGAGGAAGCAGCUGGAUCUGACAGAUUAAGGAUCUGUAUGGUUAUUUUUGCAGGUGAUGAAUCAGACGUGGAAGCAUGGCUGUGGGAUGAAGUUUACAGUCCCAAUAAUUGCUGUAGUGUGAUGAGUUUGGCUUUUUAGACAUACUAUUUAACUACUUGAUGUUUUGUGGACCUUUAUUUAGGACAUUAGCUUCUUGUAUCCAUUUCAUUAAAUUAUUUCCUAUUUUCCUUAUUUUGCCUUUACUA